UAUUUGCUUUUUUUGUAUUGAUUUUUCACUAAAGAUGAUUACUUGAUUAGAUUACACAAAGCUCUCAUAAAUUUGUAAUUCUUGUUAAGAGUUAUUAGAUUUUUAGCAUAUGGGUGUUGGAGAUUUUGUGAUUUUGUUCAUGGGUUUGUCUCAAAAUGUGAUUUGGUCUUUAAAGUUCAAAUCUUUAUGAUGAAUUAUAAAUAAUAAUGCUACUCUAUUAUUCUUUCACCAUACGAUUGAGGUUGCGGGUGUGAGAGGUAAUCGUCAUCAGUCUUCAAUCUCAUCAAUAACUUUGGGAUGUCUUACUGACUCUUACUUCGGCUCUUUGUAUAAUCGGGUUCUAGGUUUUCAAUACAUAGAGUAGGUUGCUCUUUUCUAGUAACCUUAUAUUCAAUUUCACCAUCGGUUCUCCUAUUAUACAUCUCUCAACCUUGCUGGUAGUUGAUUUUGUACAUAGGUUGUUCUCAGUGCUUCUUGAUUUAUUACUGAGCGUACACCGAUAUUUUUGGAGAUUUCUGGUUUUUGAAUGCAUUCUCUUGUUCAAGUAGAAUGAGUGCAUGAAUAGAUACGAUCAGUCAUUGAUUUUAGUCACCAAGUAUGGGUAGCUGCUAUGCUAUAUUACAAAUUCUGAUAUGCGUCAUAUGUUUAUCACUUUCUAUUCAACGGCCACAAGUCUUUGCAGUUGACUUUGUUACUGAGGUUGGAAGGAGACUUCUCCGGGAUGGAAUCAAAGAAGAAGCUACAUUGCCUGCAGUUCAUGUACAAAAACACCACAACGGUUACUCGUUUUCUUCAAAGAUGGUAGCUAUGGCAGUACCUGGAGUACUCAUUUUGGGUUGUGCUUUGAUGUGCCCCUGUUUUCAACGUAGAAAGAAAGAUAUUCACUAUACUGAUUCCCCGAAAGAUUUGACUGCUAUUGAUUCAUCUUCUUCCUUUGAGGGAAGUUCACAUAUGGAAAAGGUUGCUGCUAGUCCAUGGAGACACGCCCCACCGAGCCCAUGUCCAUCACGAAUUCCGCCAGCCAGUCCAAAUCCAUCGCGACAUCCCCCACCUAGUCCUCGAUAUGCAGCAUCCCCUAGGCCCGAUAGGUUUGGAUCAGUUCAUCUUAAUUUUAGUCAGAUUGCAAAGGCUACACACAGCUUCUCAUCAACAUUUAAGAUCGGUGAAGGUGGUUUUGGAACCGUGUAUAAGGCUCAGCUACCUAGUGGGCAGUGGCUUGCUGUAAAAAGAGCAAAAAAGGAACACUUUAACUCUGCCGAAUUUAACAGUGAAGUUGAGAUCCUAUCAAAAAUUGAGCACCGAAACCUAGUGAGACUGCUUGGAUUUGUUGACAAGGGAAAUGAACGUCUUGUCGUAACUGAAUAUGUUGCAAAUGGAACUCUUAGAGAACAUCUGGAUGGCUUAAGGGAUAGAAUUCUGGAUUUCAAGCAGCGGCUCGAGAUUGCUAUAGAUAUUGCUCAUGGCCUAACAUAUCUUCAUCUCUAUUCAGAGAAACAAAUUAUUCAUCGAGAUGUGAAGUCGUCCAACAUUCUCCUGAAUGAGAAGUUGAAAGCCAAAGUUGCGGAUUUUGGAUUUGCUAGAGUCGGUCCAGCUGAGGGUGAUCAAACUCAUAUAUCAACCAAAGUCAAAGGAACUGUUGGAUAUCUUGAUCCAGAGUACAUGAAAACCUAUCAACUCACCCCGAAAAGUGAUGUUUACUCUUUUGGGAUUUUGCUUAUUGAAAUUCUGACUGGACGUCGUCCUGUGGAACCCAAAAGACCCAUUGAAGAGAGGGUAACCAUCAGAUGGGCAAUACACAGCUACAAUGAAGGUGAUGUGCUCAGACUGAUCGAUCCACUAAUGAAUGAACCGGUAGAUGUCGAAACUCUCAAAAAGAUGUUUUGUUUGGCAUUUCAAUGUGCUGCACCGGGAAAAGCUGAUCGACCGGACAUGAAAAUGGUUGGGGAGCAAUUGUGGGCAAUAAGGAUGGAGCAUCAUAGGGCAAGAGUAAGAUAGAUGACGGAUAUAUCAUAUAUAUGCUUGCAUACUUAAACUACAGUUUGCAUCAUGCUAAGGAGUGGCUUAAUGUGUGUGCUUCCAUUUCUUAGCUCUUUGAGGAAUACCAUUCAUGGAGGUGUAAGGUGUUAGUGUGUACAUUCUAUGAGGAAAUCAUCACUGUAGCAUUCAGGAUUUUUUUUGGAUAACCUUGUGUAAUAUAUUUUUGUGGUCUUAAUGAUUAUAUAUAUAUAUAUUUGAAGUAUUGAAAUUUUAUAUCAUUUUUAGUUUCUUGUGUACAAGUAUUUUGUAUAUUUUAGCUUUCAACGCAAUAUAAAAUAGAAUUCAAUUGAAAAUGAUGUCUGUGG